AUGCCGCACUCACCAGCCUCUGAUGGUCCCGCGGAAUCAGAGCUAAUUGAAAACAAAAGCUUACACACCAUGCUGCAAGAUCUUAAGGCAUCUCUAAGAGCUGAUUUCAGUCAAAUGGCGACAGAAUUGUGUAGAAACAUUCAUGACGAGGGAGGCCGCACCAGCAACUUGAAAACCAAGACUGAGGAGCUGUGCUCCGCUCACAACGAAGUAGUGGAUAAAUUGCAAAGGCAAGAGGAAGAACAGGCUGCAAUGCAACAGAAAAUGGCAGAUAUGGAAGACAGAUCGCAACGCAAUAAUAUCCGCUUUUGCGGAAUAGCAGAUACUAUAACAGCAGAGGCUCACCUUGAUAACACUGCCUAG